AUGAAUGAGCCUCAUCACAGUGUUAUUGCUUACUGUCUGUCAUCUGAUGAUCAACUCCUUCAACCUGGGUUCUGCAGUUCAACAAGAGCUGUGUCGGGGCCUCUGCAGGCGAUCGACGUAUCCGUGGGUGGGAGACUCAGAGAUGGUGGGCCAUGGGGGGAUUGGAAGGGUUUAUUGCAGUGGCUCUGCAAGUGGCUUAGGGCAAGGUCAGAGUAUUUGAGGUGUGGCCCGCUUGAGAGGUGGGAGUCGUGCCGGUUUCGGAGGCUGAGAGAGGAGGGAGGUAUGGGAGAAGAGAGGUCAGAGGAGCACUCUUCUCUUGAAAUAUAUCUUCCUCUUUCUUUGCAUUCGUUUUCUCUUCCUUUUCUUGACUGGGUUCAUUCUCUCUCUUUCUAUCUAGAAAAAUGGGUUUCUUUGAUCCUCUUUUUUCAGGUUUGUUCAUCGCCUCUCUCAGGAACAGAAGGAUCCGAGCUUUGCAUCGGAGCUGAUUCAUCCUUCAGCUGUGAAUCUCCUGUGUAUCCUGGAGUGGAUUUGGAGCUAUUUGGAAGAGGGAGGGAGGAUUCGAAGAACACCCAGAACCACAGGUUCUAUAUUGAUUUCAUAGCUUGGAGCAAUCAACUGGCAAAUUUGAGAGGGUCAGAGAGGAAUUGGAGGAUACUCAGAUCCUCGGAAAAUGCAGGCGACCAGUUCUUGACAGAGAUUUCGUUGGCCGGGGGUGGAUUGCUUGGAUUUGAAGGGCAAUCCGAAAAUGGAUUCCGGGUGAGAUUUCUCGCUAUCUCUCAUCUGUCGCUGUUGAGCACCUCUAUAUCUUACGCAGUAGGGAAAUCAGAAACCACACUUGAAAUGGCCACGUCGCGGCAAGAUCGGGAACGUGCACGAUGCAAUGCCAUGGUCCCCAACGAUCUUCAGGGACCAAUUGCUCGAGGGAAUGGUUGA